AUGGCGGCCUGUUCGCUUCGAUGGUGUCGUUUCUGUGCGUUGGUACUUCUGAUUAAUGUGAACACAGCAUUGUCCCUGGAUGUGCGAGGGAAACCUGUCGAACAGAGCUCAACUGCUCCGGAUUUUGAGGCAGGGAAGGCUGUAGAUGGAGACAUUGAUAGUAUUUCGAAAACAGAGGCAAUGCUCAAUCCGUGGUGGCGAUUGGACUUGGCGGCUGUCCACUGCUUGAGGAAAAUUACUAUCAUCAAGGGAGUCGGUUUGAACGGCGCUGAAGUACGUGCUGGGUUGAGUCCAGAUCGUUCACCCAACACAGUGAUAGGAACAGUCGGCGGAGACGAAGUUACCACCAUAACAGCUGACCCUGUGGUCACUGCUCGCUAUGUGAGCAUAGACCUUCCCGGUGACAGUAAAAUCAUUAAUAUGGCGGAAGUCACAGUUGAAGAAUUCAUGGAUGAACAAUCUCUCGCCUCAACUUCAAUUUCUGUGGAUGGAGACUGGACUUCUCAAAGCGGCACAUUCGGAAGCAGGGUUUCUGCUCGCGUGGUUGACAGAUCUUUCAUCUACGAUGAUCUUGACAGGCAUUGCAGCACCACAAAUCGAGCGCCAUCAUGGUGGAAAAUUGACCUGAUGUCUGCUCAAUGUGUCGGCAAGGUGACAGUCAAGAGCAUUGAUUAUCCUGAUGUAAAUAUAAGAAAAGGGUUUGAGGAUGCUGUUGUUCGAGCCGGUAUGAGCAGUGUGCCUACCGAGAACACAAUGUGUGGAAGUCCAGUCUCUACAUACCAAGCCGUAGCCAAUAACUGGAUGGAGUUUGACUGCAAUCCACCUGAUGGUCUGACUGCUCGAUACGUCAGCGUCGAUAAUCCAGGACGACAGUACCUUUUCCUUUGUGAAGUCUUAGUGUUUCCAUGCAGGCCUAACCUUCCAGCAGUGGACUUUACUUUCGUCGCCAAUCCUGCUCUCAUCGACUCGACUGGUGGCAACGAUGUCGAUGUCGUCCUGACAGCAUACAAAGGUCCAGAUGACAUACCUGCUCGUGUCACAUUUGGCCGUCAGUUGGCAACAGGUGGAAUGCAUGAACUUCCUCCCCGAUCAACCACAGAAGGCGAGCCGUCUUUGGGAUGUAAAGCCUUAUCUUUACGGUUACCUGCGGCGGAUGGGAUUAACAGAGUUGGUGUCUACUAUUUCGAAGGAACUAAGCGAAGCGUCAAGACUAGGAUUCAGAUCGUUAUGCUGCCGAAUGGUGAUAAUGUUCAGAUACGUCCAGUUCAGCGAACGCAGAUAGCAAACGUCGGAGACUCAGUUCGACUGAAGAUGCAAAAUGUGAUUGCCCAAAACACAAACUACAUGUGGCGGCAUAAUGGAAGUGACGUCAUCACAUCUGGGAAUGACCAGCUCAAUGUGUCUAUUGAUGAUGUUGCUGUGAGGGAUGAAGGAGUCUACAGCUGCUUCGUGUCUGGCCAGGAGGAUCAACAACUGCAUGGCACCAUGAGGCUUAUUGUACGAGGUUGUUCUGAGGGCAUGUGGGGUCCACCGUCGUGUCAAAACACCUGUCGUCGAUGUUAUAAUGGAGGUAUAUGUGAUGAGGAGACGGGACGUUGUAUCUGUGCUCCGGGAUUCAGUGGGAAACAUUGUCAGCACGUUCACGGCCGUAAUGUCUUUGGCCAGAACGCUCGUCAUCAUUGCUCCAAUACCACCGAUCCACACGACGACGCUUGCCGGGGUCGUUUGUUUUGUCUGCCCGAUCCUUACGGAUGCUCGUGUGCUGCAGGAUUCACUGGACUAGACUGCUUGCAAGAGUGUCCUAAUGGGACGUAUGGAGCAGACUGCAAGCAGACAUGUCACUGUGCACCCGGGGACACCUGCAGUAAGGAUACAGGCGAAUGCAGCAAUGACGCCUGUAACCCGACAUACUACGGGAUCAACUGUCAGUGUUCAGGUCAGGAAAUCUAUCCACACGAAGUGUCCGAAACUGCCAGACAACGUAACCUGACCUUUUCUUGGAGUCAGCCUCCUUGUGGCUUAAUAGGUGGAGUCAUCACUGGAUACUCGUACCAACUCACAGAUGUGGGUUCUGGAGAAUUGCGAUCAUCAAACACAACACAGAAAACUGUGACGAUAGACGGCGUGGUACCGUACACAGAGUACGCGUUUCAGGUCGCCGCCAUUACCAACGUGGGAACAGGAGUGUACAGUGAACGUGUAACCGUAAUGACAACAGAAGCAGAGCCAACAGCCCCUUUGAAUGUCAGCAUUGCGACCGUUGACAAUCAAUAUCUCGCGGUUGUAUGGGCGGAGCCUGAUCCUCCACAAGGGAUCAUCACAAACUACGAUGUGGCCUAUUGGGUCGUGGGAAAUGAAUCAUCGAGAGUUGAUGUGUACAAUCUCAGCACAACCAUGCUGUCUUAUCAACUACCCGAUCUUGUUGUUAAUGUUACCUACUUCAUGCAGGUGCGAGCCAAGACAGUAGUGGGCGUUGGCCCGUGGAGCGAAGUCAUCAAUGAAACGGUAGUAGGAGUUCCUGGACUUGUGCAGAACCUUCAAUGGACAGAAAGGUCUGAAACCUCACUGACCAUCGCUUGGAAGCAGCCGCUAAAUCCUAUGGGACCAAUCACAUUCUAUUCUGUGAAGAACCGGGCCGUAGAGAAACCAUAUCAACCUGGAUUUACUGCAGGAGAUACGUACACCGAAUGCAAAGUUGACAGUUCACCAUAUACCGAAGCGAAUCUUCAACCGGGCACCAAAUAUGAAUUCAAUGUUUCGGCAAGGAAUACAAAAUUUGUAGGAAAGCCUUCAGUCUUAGAAGUCUACACAAAACCACUGUCAGAUCCACCAGCACCAAGGACACCGAUGACAUUUGACAACGAGGCGACAGAGACGACGGUGACAAUUGGCCUUCGAGCCGUGAUCCCGGAAGAUGACACGUUUGUCGAAUCAUAUAUUGUACAUGUGAAAAAGUCCGACUCCUCAUCAGUGAAGAAAAGGCAGGCUCUGAUUCCAAACCAUUUCGAGGACUCUGCAGAUGAUUACAUUGCAGCAGAAAUGACUAAAGACACCGUUCCUGACAAGUUCACAGUCGGUGAUAAGGAGGUGUAUGGAGGCUACUACAAUGCACCGCUGCAAACAGGCGUUGUCUACAACAUCAGUGUGGGCUCAGUCAGCAAGGGAAACGAGACGGAAGCGUCUGUGUCUUUUUCGGAUCCAAUAACUGUACGAACUGAACGAACUAAACAACCUGAACCAAAUGCUGGGAACCCAGUGGGAAUUGCAUUUGGCGUCAUCGUUCCGGUAUUGCUUCUCAUAGCCGUUGUUAUAGCAGUCUUUGUAUACAAAAGACGAAACAAAGCGACAAGACGCCAAUCUGAUACCAAUGGAGUCACGGCGCAGUCUAAAGUUGAAUUGACAGAUGACGGCAUGCAAGAUGAGCCGACGGAAACAUCGAUUGCCUACGCUGACGUUCAAGAGGUGCAUCCGAGUAGUCCACCUACACCUGCAGCAGAUACACGUGCACCUGCGACUCCAUCAUUCAAAAAGAAGCCUUUCAAGGCGCCACCACCAGUUCGUAUUAACGACCUAGCUGACUAUAUCACGAGAAAGGAAGAAGCAGGAGAAAAUGGGUUCAAAGCUGACUACAAGAGUCUUCCAGAUGGCCAGUUACACCCGUGGACUGUGGCAAGUAAACCAGAAAACAAAAAGAAGAACCGGUUUGCCAACGUCAUUCCCUAUGAUCAUUCUCGUGUUGUGUUGACGCGUACAGAGAAAGACCCACAUUCGGAUUACAUAAAUGCCUGCUAUAUAGAUGGUUACAGCGACACCGACAAGUACAUCGCAAGCCAGGGACCCAACAAUGCGUCUCUCAAUGACAUGUGGCGGAUGGUGUGGGAGAUGAACGUGGACAAGAUUGUCAUGCUAACAAAUCCGGUGGAAAAUGGAAAGACGAAAUGUAUGCAAUACUGGCCGGAUACCGGAGCUUCUACAUACGCUAACAUCACAGUGACCAUCGUUGACGAGCAGGCUUUCCUUGACCACACCAUUCGUCAAUUCAAAAUAACCGAGGUCAAUGACGAGGAAGGAUUUCGCAUUGUGAAGCAGUUCCACUACACCACGUGGCCAGACAUGAAACCACCUGAAUAUCCCGCUCCAUUGCUCAACUUCAUGCGAGUGGUAAACGCUGAACACAACGAAGGACGAACCAUUAUACACUGCAGUGCCGGCGUUGGUCGCACAGGGACCUACAUCUGCCUUGAGUCAAUGCUUGAACAGAUGAAACAGGAGGGACAAGUCAAUGUUCUUGCCUUCAUCCAUCGCAUGAGACAAAAACGCAUCAAGAUGGUACAGACUCCGGAGCAGUACAAAUUUCUCUUCGACGCCCUCCGUGCGGCCUCUCUGACUGGCGAGACUACCUACGAUAUGACGACCCUCCGCCGGCAGCUAACUGCUCUGAACAAGAAGGAACCUGGAUCCCAGGGAACCGGCAUGGAGAAACAAUUCCAGAACUUAGGUGAACUGCGAGCCAAUCGAAGCAACGGGACCAGUAAGGCGGGAAAGCUUCCAGAAAAUGUGGAGAAGAACCGCUACGAAGAUUUCAUUCCAACUGACCGAGCGAGACCAUUCUUGAUGACCAAUACACACGGCGAUGAUACCAACUACAUCAAUGCACACUUCCUAUCGGGCUAUCGCAAGAAGGACAGGUACAUCGCGACCCAGAUGCCGAUGCCCAACACCACUGCCGACAUUUGGCGUCUGGUGUACGACCAGAAAGCGACGUGUAUCGUCAUGCUCAACCCUCUGGAUGAAGACGACGACACAAUGUGUCGUUACUGGCCAGACGAAGGAAGCCUUGAAUUUGGACCUCUUGUUGUCAAACUGUUGCGCACUACAACUCACAAGGGUGUAAUUGAGAACACGUUUUCUCUGCAAAACAAGACAAAGUCCGAGCUCGCGCGCACCGUCUGCCAGUUCCAAAUCCAAGACUGGCCGUCGGAUCAGGAGGUGCCCAGCUCUCGACAAGGACUGUUCACUCUCAUGGAGCUGACUCAAAAACGGCACGAGGAAAGACCACCCAUCGUGGUUCACUGCAUUGAUGGAUUGGGUCGCACAGCGGUGUACUGCACCUUGAUGUCCAUGAUGGAACAGUUUCAAGAAGAAAAGGUUGUGGACGUGUUUCAAACAGUUUUGCGCUUACGUCUUGUACAUCCCAGCAUGAUGUAUUCCCUGGAACACUAUGCGAUGUGCUACGAUGUGUUCCAGGCUAACUUGGACUCGUCCGUUGUCUACGAGAACUUCGACCUUAAACCAUGACUUAUUCGUCAUAUGACAACGGCACAAAACUCGCGACUCUUAUCAAGGUAGAUAUAAUGGUAAUUGAAAAGGCUCCAUGUAGAGUAUCGGUCCUACUCAUAAUAGCGGAAAUAAGUGCAAAAAGUGUUAAAUAUUAAUCUACUUGUUCAUGCUUUAAAUGCAGACUGAAGUUAGUUAAGCCUACAUAACUGUAUGCAUUCAUC